AUGUGCUGUGGGGACGAUUGUCAGUGUCGGCCUUUAGGCUUCCUUUUGGGCCUCCCAUUCGCCUUCGUCUCUCUUUUACUCUCUCUCGUCGGCGUCCUUAUCUGGAUUCUCGGGACUGUGGUGAGUUGCUUGUGCCCGUGUUGCCUGUGCGUGACGGUGAUCGUAGAGCUAGCGCUGGGGCUCAUUAAAGCCCCCUUUUCUGUCAUGAAGUGGUUUACAGAGCAAAUUCCUUGUUAG